AAGUAGAGAAUUCAUGAGAAAUUUCCAGUCACCGAGUUGUUUGGGAAGCUGCUGUGGACGACUCUGGGAAGGAAUUCACUGACAUUAUUUACGAGAAGGUUGUCGGUGAAGGUGAAGGGUUGUUCUUAAUCCCACCAUGGUUAAUGUCCUCUAUGAAUUCUUAAGUUGUGCAAUUGGAGGAGGACAUAUUUUGCACAUGGUUUGUGAUCUAACCAUUGCGGAAGAUAAUGCUAUUUUUGGUCAGACUGGUGCAAAGAUUGGACCUAAAAAAGCACGUGAAAUGUCGUUUCUAACAAGAUUCUACACAGCUUCUGAAGCAGAGAAAAUGGGACUUGUCAACACUGUUGUCCCAGAACUUGGUGGAAAUGCAACAUUCUUGUAUUAUGGCACUGAGGAAGGUAAUGAGGGGAGGACAGCAUAUAUGCAGCGUAGACGCCCUGAUUUCUCAAAAUUUCCUCCAAGACCUUGAACAUAAUUACCCUCCCGGCUGUUCCUGCAAAAUGUAACAACACUUGUCCUUCAUUAGUUUGUUUCUAUUUCCUUGUUCUACUAAACCAAAAAAGAUAAA